CGGCUCGGCUACCCGCGUCACGGUGUCGGCGUUAGCCUCACCUGGCCGGAAACCGAGCCAAUCCCCGCCGGCCGGCUCCGGCUCUGUGCUCGCCGCGCGGCGCCCCAAGCCGCAGCCGUCCUCAGGUGUCUGAGGCGCCGCCGCCGCCGCCGCAGACGGGACGUGUGUGUCGACCGCGGCGGACGGCGGGCGGCGGCCGCGAUCGAUAUUGACGCCGGAGCGGCGGCGGCGGCACGGACAGCCAGCUGACUGCCGCCAGCCGCGGCAACAUCUCAGCGCUUUGUGUGCCACAAGACCCACUGUGGCGCAGUGGUGGCCGAAUCGCGACGCAUUUGGCGCCUGUGACAAUAUUGACGAAUUGGAGUUACCAGCAGUUUGGCCGGUCUCCGGGCCAGGAUUGAUCCGCUUUGAAGAAAGAAGAUAGAGUCAAUAGGCAAGAUGACGGCACAGUCGCAAGACGAGAUCAUGACCAAUACGAAGACGGUCAUCCAGGGCCUGGAGGCGCUGCGGAAUGACCACAACUCCAUCCUGAACGGCCUGGUGGGCUCGAUGAAGGCCACCGAGGAGCGCUCCGAGCUCGUCGAGGAGAAGGCCGGGCUCAUCCAGAAGAGCCUGGACACCAUUGAGCUGGGACUCGGCGAGGCACAGGUGAUGAUGGCUCUGGCGUCUCAUCUGCAGGGAGUGGAGGCCGAAAAGCAGAAGCUGCGCGCUCAGGUCCGGCGACUGUGUCAGGAGAACGCGUGGCUGCGAGACGAGCUGGCGAACACGCAGCAGAAGCUGCAGGCCAGCGAACAGCAGGUCGCCCAACUCGAGGAGGACAAGAAACAGCUCGAGUUCUUCAACUCCAUCAAAAAGUACGACCAGGACAAUCAGAACCAGGAGAGUAUGUCGGAGUCGACUGCCGAGUCGAUGGAGAAGUCGGCCAACCCGGCCGUCGAGCUGUUCCCUGACGACGAGUCUGAGGAGCGCACCAGUGGCAUGUCGCCCACGCCGCCCUCCCAGUUCGCGCAACAGGUGAACGCUGGCUACGAGAUCCCGGCGCGGCUGCGCACCCUUCACAACCUGGUCAUCCAGUACGCCUCCCAGGGCAGGUACGAGGUGGCCGUGCCGCUGUGUAAGCAGGCACUGGAGGACCUGGAGAAGACCAGCGGCCACGACCACCCGGACGUGGCCACCAUGCUCAACAUCCUGGCGCUCGUCUACAGGGAUCAGAACAAGUACAAGGAGGCGGCCAACCUGCUGAACGACGCGCUGGCCAUCCGUGAGAAGACGCUGGGCGAGAACCACCCGGCGGUGGCAGCCACGUUGAACAACCUGGCCGUGCUGUACGGCAAGCGGGGCAAAUACAAGGACGCGGAGCCGCUCUGUAAGCGGGCGCUGGAGAUCCGAGAGAAGGUGCUGGGCCGCGACCACCCGGACGUGGCUAAGCAGCUCAACAACUUGGCACUUCUCUGUCAGAACCAGGGUAAAUACGAAGAGGUGGAGAGGUAUUACCAGCGCGCGCUGGAGAUCUACGAGACCAAACUGGGACCGGACGACUCGAAUGUGGCCAAGACAAAGAAUAAUCUGGCGUCGGCCUACCUGAAGCAGGGCAAAUACAAGGAAGCAGAAGUGCUCUACAAGGAGGUGCUCGACCGCGCGCACGUGCAGGAGUUCGGAUCGAUCGGAGGCGACAGCAAGCCGAUCUGGCAGGUGGCUGAGGAGCGAGAGGAGAACAAGAGCAAGAACAAGGACAACGCGCCGUAUGGCGAGUACGGCGGCUGGCACAAGGCGGCCAAGGUCGACUCGCCCACCGUCACCACCACGCUAAAGAACCUGGGCGCCCUCUACCGACGUCAGGGCAAGUACGAGGCGGCCGAGACGCUGGAGGAUUGCGCCAUGAGGUCCCGCAAGGAGUACGGCCUGGACCUGGUGAAGCAGGGCCGCGUGCAGCAGCUCCUCAGCGGCGGAGAGGGCGGCCGAUCGGCGCGGCGCGCCGGCUCCUCGUCCGCCGGCCGGCACGCCUCGCGGGAGAGUCUGGACGCGUCUAUGCACAGCGAGCAGGGAGACGAGCCAGGCCGCAUCCGACGCUCGGGCUCGCUGACCAAGCUGCGUGCCUCCAUUCGACGCUCGUCGGCCAAACUGGUGGAUCGCAUCAAGGGCAGGGCUGACGAGACCAGCAUGAAAAGGGCAAAGUCAAUGUCCGUUCUUAGUAACUCAGAGGCUGCGGACGGACGGCCUCCUCCGUUCGGCAUUCCCCGGACAACCAGCACCGAGCAUCUGCGGCACCCGCCGGCGUCCUAAUCCGCCUCUCAUUGGCCGUCAGAGGCCACCGCUGGCGACUGAUUGGUUACCGGAAACUGCGGCCGCCGUCUGAUUGGUCGACGACGAUCGCAGUCAACGUCCUAUUGGUCGCUGGAGGCUGCAGCCGCCGUAUGAUUGGUCACUGACGGCUGCAGCCGCUGUAUGAUUGGUCACUGACGGCUGCAGCCGCUGUAUGAUUGGUCACUGACGGCUGCAGCCGUUGUAUGAUUGGUCACUGACGGCUGCAGCCGUUGUACGAUUGGUCGCUGACGGCUGCAGCCGCCGUAUUAUUGGCUGCCGCCGCCACGCUCGCACGCGAUUGGCCGACUGGCCGGCUGACCGGUAGCCGGCUGCUGGUCUGUGAUGGCCCUCCGUCUCGGGGGCCGGACUGUGGGGCGACUGCGUGUGGACUGUGGGUGGGUGUGGUCCUGCGGGGCACAGCUGUGGCGCCAACAUUCCUCGUUUACAUUGUUUUGUCGGGCCGGCGCGGGCCGCUUGUGUUGGGCGCUGAGCCAGCUUUAACCGGGCGUAGUGAUAGGAGCGUGGCUGCUGGCGGGCCGCCCGCCGCCGCCGCCGCCCCCGCCGCCGCCCCCGCCACGGGCCGCCUCCGGCACGGAGCGGCUACUGUGACGUCAUCCGACUGAGGACGGCGGUGACGUCAUACGCGUCCGCGGCAGCCCCGCUCCAUGUGCUUUUUAUGGUGGAUAUUCUGAAAUAAAUGGUUACCAAAGAUGGAG